GUUGGGGGUGUUGCUAAGGGGCUCCCCGCAGAGACUAAGGAAUACCGCGUUCAAUCGACAACGUAUGACGCUCUAAACCCGCUACGAGUAUAUAAAGGUAUGAAACCCACCAAGGAGGGGGACUUCUUCCCUCUCUCCCCACUUUACACUUUCUACUAUCUCUCUACACUUCAUCUCUCUAUCUACUCUCUCAACUCUCUCCAUAAACCGACACUAACUUGAUCGUCGGAGCUUAAUCCGGGG